AUGCUGCCUCUCGUUAUCACUUUGACACAGGCUCAAUUGGAGCGUGCGGUGAUGAUCGAUCGUUUGGAGAACGUUACUCAUACGAUAUCUCGCAUACUGGACGGCUACGAUAUACGAUUGCGCCCGAACUUUGGUGGCGAUCCGCUGUACGUUGGAAUGGAUUUGACUAUUGCCAGUUUCGACGCUAUUUCGGAGGUCAACAUGGAUUACACGAUUACUCUCUAUCUGAACCAAUACUGGAAAGACGAAAGACUGGCCUUUGGACUGUCAGACGAGGUUCUAACCUUGUCUGGUGACUUUGCUGAUAAAAUUUGGGUGCCAGACACUUUUUUUGCCAAUGAUAAGAAUAGCUUCCUGCAUGAUGUGACGGAGCGUAAUAAGCUUGUUCGUCUGGGCGGCGAAGGCAGCAUAACGUACGGGAUGCGUUUCACCGCGACACUCGCCUGCAUGAUGGAUCUGCACUACUACCCACUUGACAGCCAGAACUGCACCGUCGAGAUUGAAAGCUAUGGAUACACUGUCUCUGACGUGGUCAUGUACUGGAAAGAGACUCCAGUUAGAGGUGUCGAAGAUGCCGAACUGCCACAGUUUACAGUACUAGGACAUGAAACUAAUGACAGAAAGGAAAAGUUGGCGACGGGCGUCUAUCAACGCUUAUCUCUAAGUUUUAAGCUACGCAGGAACAUAGGCUACUUUGUCUUCCAAACUUAUUUACCGAGCAUAUUAAUAGUGAUGCUCUCGUGGGUAUCUUUUUGGAUUAAUCAUGAGGCUACGUCGGCGAGAGUUGCACUAGGUAUAACGACGGUACUUACAAUGACUACAAUAAGUACAGGAGUGCGUAGCAGUUUGCCGCGAAUCUCGUAUGUAAAGGCGAUCGACAUUUACCUAGUGAUGUGCUUUGUAUUUGUGUUUGCGGCGUUACUUGAAUAUGCGGCUGUCAAUUACACGUACUGGGGAGCACGUGCACGGAAAAGAGCUAAGUUAAAGAACCGCGACCAGCUGUCGACUAGCACGAGUAUGGAUAAAGAUUUAAAGUGUCCCAGUGGUAUGCACAGCAACGAGGAGAUCAUAGCACUUCGCGAGCUGUCGAGCGGCGGGCGCGUGUCGCCGCUGCUGGGGCUGCGCACGCGACCGCUGGCGCCGCACGCCGGCGCGCCGCCCUCACUGCGCCUGCAGCGGGACCACUCGCACCUGCGCUACCGAACCCGACCGCAUUCCAGGAACUCUAAGAAUGGAACUGGCGGCAAACCAAAAGUAAUGCACGCUCUACGUCGCGGUGCCACCGUUAUUAAAGCGUCAAUGCCCAAGAUUCGAGACGUCAAUGUAAUAGAUACUUAUUCCAGAGUUGUCUUCCCCGUAUGUUUUCUUAUUUUUAAUACUGUGUAUUGGGUAUUUUAUAUAUUCGAUUAA